AUGGUCUCUGGUCUGGUAUCGGCGUUCAAGGAGCUCAAGUGGGAUGAUAAUAAUAACCUACCCAAGCUGGCGCCUCUCGCCAUUGUGCAAGGCUCCAUAUUCACUUUUGCAUGCGCUAUCGAGGCGCUUGGUCUCGCCGGUUCCAUCAUGCAAAACGUUCGCCUCAUACGUUUCUAUGCGCUAGGCUCAAGUUUGUCGGCAGUGGCGGUUGUCGCGGUCGGCUUCAUGCGAACUAUAACGCACUGGACAUUCAAAGGAGAUAUUAUAGAAGAAUGCGUACAAGUUGUCUCGGCUGGCGACUCUGACACAACGGUGUUCGGCAUCUGGGGACAAUCAUACGAUUACAGCGGCGACAAUCCUCAAGAUUUCUGUAACAGCCAGUGGACUAGGGACUCCUGGGCAGAGAUCAUUACCCUUCUAGCCGAAAUAGUUGUUGGCAUACUUUUCACUGCCCUUGCAUUCGCAUACUGGCGCCAGCUACGUGACCCACAGAGCCCCGCGAACUCGUUCAGAGCACCCUCAAGCCAGGCUCGCGCGGACGCGUACCCCACGUACUACUCGCCCCCGUACAACGGCCCUGAGAUGCCGUACCAGCCUUCGUACGCUCCACCGCCAGGACCUCCGCCCCACGUCGAUGCGGACAGCAAGCCUCCCGGAUACGAUCUGGCAGGUGGCGACUACAUGCAUCAGGACGACAAGAAGGGCGAUGACCCGUUCGCUGACUUUGACGGGCCGAGCGUACCCAGGCCGACGCAUUGGGUAGACCCGUCGGAAGAGAGGGACGUGACAUCGUCAGGGUUCCCUCUGCACUCGGCGCGGUAAACGCAAGCGGGGUUGCUACGGCCUGAAGUCUGUUUGUUUCGCUUUGGUAGUAAUGGACAGGUGUUAGCUUUCUUGUUUUUCUUGUACGAUCUCAUGCACGAUCACCUCACGUACCCCCUGUAGCCUCGUACCAGUGCACUGAUAAUCCUAUCUCCCCUUCCCUAAAUGUCAUGAUGCGAGUAUAUACGCAUAACGAAAGGAUUCUGGGAUUAUGCGGUUC